AUGAGAUCUUCUCCUAGGAUGGGGCCUUCAGCCCAUCUUCUUUCCGCUCUAGGAAUUAUCAUCAUGGCAACAAUGGUUGUUGCGUAUGAACCAUACACGAAUAGCUUACCACCACUACCAUCAUAUUCACCAUCCCCGGAUGUAGAAUACAAAUCACCUCCUCCACCAUCUGUCUACAAUUCACCAUCACCACCACCAUAUUACUCUCCAUCACCUAAAGUCGACUACAAGUCUCCUCCACCACCAUAUGUCUACAGUUCUCCUCCACCACCCACAUACUCACCAUCUCCUAAGGUAGAGUACAAGUCUCCUCCACCACCAUAUGUCUACAGCUCCCCACCACCACCACCAUACUAUUCACCAUCCCCGGUUGAAUACAACUCUCCACCACCACCCCCAUACUAUUCACCAUCUCCCAAGGUAGAGUACAAUCUCCUCCACCCCCAUAUGUCUACAGUUCUCCACCACCACCACCUACUCUCCUCCCUAAGUUCCCCACCACCACCACCAUACUACUCUCCCUCACCUAAGGUGGAUUACAAGUCUCCUCCACCACCAUAUGUAUACAGUUCCCCACCACCACCAUACUACUCUCCCUCGCCUAAGUUCCCCACCACCACCAUAUUACUCACCAUCCCUAAGGUAGACUACAAGUCUCCUCCACCACCGUAUGUAUACAGUUCCCCACCACCACCAUACUACUCUCCAUCCCCGAAAGUAGACUACAAAUCUCCUCCACCACCGUAUGUCUACAGUUCUCCACCACCACCAUAUUACUCACCAUCUCCUAAGAUAGUUUACAAGUCUCCUCCUCCACCAUAUGUCUACAGUUCUCCACCACCACCAUACUACUCUCCAUCCCCCAAGGUUGUAUACAAGUCUCCUCCACCACCGUAUGUAUACAGUUCUCCACCACCACCACAUUACUCACCAUCUCCUAAGGUAGAUUACAAGUCUCCUCCACCACCAUAUGUAUACAGUUCUCCACCACCACCAUAUUACUCACCAUCUCCUAAGGUUGUGUAUAAGUCUCCUCCACCACCAUAUGUCUACAGUUCCCCACCACCACCAUACUACUCUCCUUCUCCAAAGGUAGACUACAAGUCCCCUCCCCCACCAUAUGUCUACAGUUCCCCACCACCACCAUACUACUCUCCCGCACCUAAGGUACACUAUAAGUCUCCUCCACCACCGUAUGUCUACAGUUCCCCACCACCACCAUACUACUCUCCUUCUCCAAAGGUAGACUACAAGUCCCCUCCCCCACCAUAUGUCUACAGUUCCCCACCACCACCAUACUACUCUCCCGCACCUAAGGUACACUAUAAGUCUCCUCCACCACCAUAUGUCUACAGUUCCCCACCACCACCAUAUUACUCUCCAUCCCCUAAGGUACACUACAAGUCUCCCCCACCACCAUAUGUUUACAGUUCUCCUCCACCACCAUACUACUCACCAUCUCCUAAAGUUCAUUACAAAUCUCCACCACACCCACAUGUAUGCGUCUGUCCACCACCGCCUCCAUGCUAUUCUCCUUCUCCAAAAAUUGUAUACAAAUCUUCUCCACCACCAUAUGUCUACAGUUCCCCACCACCACCAUAUUACUCACCAUCUCCUAAAGUAUACUACAAAUCUCCUCCACCACCAUAUGUUUACAGUUCUCCAUCACCACCAUACUACUCACCUUCUCCUAAAGUAUACUACAAGUCUCCUCCACCACCAUAUGUCUACAACUCACCACCCCCACCAGCGUACUCACCGUCCCCUAAGGUAGACUACAAGUCUCCUCCUCCACCAUAUGUCUACAGUUCCCCACCACCACCAUACUACUCACCUUCGCCUAAGGUACACUACAAGUCUCCACCACCACCAUAUGUUUACAGUUCUCCACCACCACCAUACUACUCACCUUCCCCAAAGGUUGACUACAAGUCUCCACCACCACCAUAUGUCUACAGUUCCCCACCACCACCAUACUACUCUCCAUCCCCUAAGGUAGACUACAAGUCUCCACCACCACCAUAUGUCUACAGUUCCCCACCUCCACCGUACUACUCACCUUCCCCUAAGGUAGACUACAAAUCUCCCCCACCACCAUAUGUCUACAGUUCCCCACCCCCACCAUAUUACUCACCUUCCCCUAAGGUAGACUACAAGUCUCCACCACCACCUUCAUAUUACUGA